AUGCUUGCAGACAGGCAUCACACGCUACGCGGCACGGCAACCUCACACGCAGGAUUCGAGAAGAAGCUUACCGCUUGUGUUAAUGCCCUCGCCUCCAGCUGCGCCCAUGUGUUCGGGCCCUCCGAUGAAACCACCGGAACGUCGGAUAUGCGAGGCUAUGGUAGACUACAGAUCAGUCGCACAAGCAAAGAAGCGAGAAUCCCAGAGAUAACAGGCGCCGUUGGCGCCCGUAAAGGACCACGAGAGCCUACGAACGGCCUGGACGAAAUAAAGAGCUCCACAGUUUUCUCGUAUCACAGCGAACUCGGCAGGAUCGAUUUGGUAGCGAUAGACGCCGAGGCUGAUUCAAAAUGA